CGGCCAGUCAGGCGGAAACUGCGCCACGGCAAGCAUCGUCGUAGUCCUCGUCUCGCUUGCGGGUUUUUUUUUUUUUUUAAUCUCGGAUUGGCGCUCGGUUCGUCUUGUUAUUAAAUUUUUCUCUGUCGGAGAAAAUUUUUUUUCGAAAUACCUAUUCACGUUUUACUCUCGAUCCUGUGAGCAUCAGAGUGACACUCGAUCACUAGACGGACGUGGAACGCAGGUAUAUAUACAUAAGACAGUGCGAAGGGCUGCACCGACGUUGCCAGAUCGACGCAACAGGGGCUAUAGCUGUCGGUGCGUGUUUUUCUCGAAUCCGACGACUUUCUUCGAGAUAUAACACACGAGUGCAGCAGAGAAUCUCUCGCUCGUAUAAGAUGUGUCCGAGGGACUGAAGAGGAAGCCGGGGGUUCACACUUCGCGGACGCUCGGAUGACGAGCGGCGGCAAAUUCGAACGCAUAGAUUAUUAGACGCAACGAUAAUAUACACAGAGACGUUAUAAGCAUGGAGAACCUGUCGACGAUUAAUCUGACGAGCGCGUUGGUGAACUCGAGCGUCGCGAUGCCUGCACCCGAGGAGAAGAGGUUCCUCUCGUUCAUCGUUCUCAACGUCGUCUGCAUCGUCGGCAUCCUGGGCAACUUAUCGGCGCUCUUCAUUCUGCUGCACAAAGAUAAGAGGAGAAACCGGAAGCACCUGCUGAUGCUACGCUGCCUGACGAUCAACGACCUGGUGGCGAUAACCGGCACCUAUGCGCAAAUGUUCGUCAGCAGGUACGUCGGCCUGCACAAGUUUUGCUAUCUCCACGUCGUCUGGAGGCUCUUCGGACUGUUCAGCGGAUGCGUGGCUAUCGUCAUGGCGGUCGAGAGGUGGAUCGCCCUCACUAGACCCUUCGUUUACCAGAAGCAGGUAACGUACCCGAUGAUCGUACGGUGUAUGCUGCUCCUGUGGGUCGUCGCGCUGACGCUGACCUUUCCUCCUUUCUUCGGUUUCGGCCUCUACGAGGGACACAGCAAAAAGGGCUACGAGUGCAUGCGCUACAGGGACGCCACGCAGCCGAUGGACGUCGCCUAUGCUUACGUCUGGUUCUUCUUCGGUACGCUGCUGUGCCUGUCGAUCGUCUGGUGCAAUUUGGCGGUGGCGAGCGCCCUGAAGCGCCUGGGCCGACGUAACGGGGCUCUGAGGAGAAUCUCGCGGGCUUCGUCGCGAGCGAAGCCGCUGCUGACCGUCGCGGGACCACCAACCGAGGUCGGCAUCACAGCCGAGGAACGAGCUUUCGCCAAGCUCAUGGCUAUGCUGUCGAUAAGCUUCCUGAUCUGUUGGAUGCCGCAGAUGAUCGCGAUCCCGCUGAGCCAGUACCAGCACAUACUCCCGGAGAGGUCGUUCGGCAAUAAGAUGAUCAACAUCUUCAAGAAGAUAGCCGACGUUCUGCUCGGCAUCCACUUCACCCUCGACCCCUACAUCUACGUGCUGCUGAGGAUGCCUCGGCCGCGAUUUCCGCUCCUCAAGCCGCUCUGCCGCAUCUGCUGGCCUGCGAGAAGUCGAGCUAGUUCGUUUACAGGAACGACAGAGCAGCACGGCAGCAGCGGCGACCCACCGACCCCGAUAACCGAGGCUCCGUCGACGCCCGUCAGCGAGGAACGUGACUCCCAGCUCGUCGCCGUCGCUGUCUGAACGGCCUGAACGCGUGGGUGUCGACCUUGUGAACAUCGACCUGUACACGCCGCACCACCGAGAGCGCCAAAAGCCUUGUUCUGGAAACGGCAAAAGUCUGAUUUGGCGGACGGAGCUGUCCCUCGACGCCGGUGAUAUUCCCUCCUUCCCUCACAUAUACAGCCCUUUUCGAUUUCUCUCUUUUCGAUGUGUGUGUGCGUGUGGAUGCAUUGCGUGUUGUAUGAAUACAGGAGAGAAAGAAGAGGUGAGCUUUGGGACGUCGUUUCGGUGCGAUGACUUUUCGCUAUCCCAUUACUCCUGACCAUAGCUGUAAAUAUUUUUCGCGCAAAAUUAAUUAUUGCUUUCGCGCAGCGCCGAACGACCUCGGUGUAAACGUACUUAUAUACGCGGCCAAAAUGAAGGAAGAAUGUUGUAUACGUUAUUCAAAGCAUGAUUGUGAUGUAUGUAAACUUGAAAAGUUUUUGUCAGAUUUUAGAGAUGCGGUCACUGCGUGCGUAGAAAAAUUUAAUUAUUAUCGGUGCAAAAAGUAUAUGCAAGAACUUUUCUACGCUAUCGACAUUUUUAGAUUGGAAUAUUUUUAUAAAUUGCAGUGGCUGCUCGUGCGCGGGAAUGUCUUUUUCGUUAAUAUUAAGGAAACUAGGUUUAUUUUGUAUAUCGACGAUUUAAGACAUGUGUAUUAAUACUUUUAGUGAAACGCGUACUAAUUCGACCGUUGACGACACACUUGUGCAAAGUAUAUGCGACGUUUGUUCGUAAGUUCAUGUUCAUGAUGAUUGCAAAGAGUUACAUUCCACAGAAACAUUCAAAGGCGCUGUGUAAUAUGGAACGGUAUAUUGGAAUGCUGCUAUAUUCAAAGUGUUGAAGCAGCAUCGUAAAAUUGUAUGAAAAAUUCUAUUUUUUAACGAAAAAGUGUAUAAUCCAAAAAGAAAAUCGCAAGCCGAAUCUAUGUCUACUAAGAUUUACGAUGAUGACUGAAAUUUAUUUUUUGACGAGAACAAAAAUUUUACAGGCCAUAUAACUGAAACUGAAUGUGUACAAUGCUAUACAAAAGCACAAUUAAUAAUAGUUGUCGUUUGUGAUUUGUAAAAUUAACAGACCUUUUAGUCUUUCAAGACUGUCGUUUCUUGAGAAAGCAUAAUCAUAUUCCACCAUAUAUUACAUUUGUUCUGGGUAUUCAGCUGAUAAAGAUACUCAGCUCAACAAUAGCUUAAAAACCAAAAACGUAUAAUCCACCAUUUUUGUUUUUCAUGUGCAUGUUCAUUGAUGUUAGCAGUUAGUUAUAUGUAUAUGUUUAAUGUAAUGACCACAAUGACCAAAGUACAUAAUUACUAACUAGAGUAUUUCUUAACCGUAUUUGUAAUCGUAAUAGCAUUUUGUUUUUGGGAAUAUGUACUAAUUUUAUAGUCUUUUUACACUUGAACGUAAAACUUAAAUUUUUUAUAUUUUAAUUGAAAAUACUUAUACAAAUCGUUCCGACAAAUGAUCUGAUUCGAAUAGAUUAGAUUAAUUACUAAGCAAAAAUUCAAAAAUAAAACAAAUUUAUGUAUACUUCUAGUCAAGUAAAUAAUAUACAAAAGAAUUAUCUGUUAUGGACCUUGAAUAUGUAAUCAAAAUACACAAAUUGGCCACGCAUUAUUGAAAUAAAAUAUUUAUAAAGAUCAAA